AUGGCGACCAAGGACGCGGCGUUGACUACCGGCGCGUUUCAUAAUGCCGACGCUCGAAGAAGAAAUGUUCCCAGCUCGGGGAAGGCGAGCCGUGGGCCUGACAUACCUGAAAUAGUAGUUGAUGGCAAGAAGUUUGCAAAAAAAUCAUCUUUUCUAGAUAUUCUCGAUGAAUGGGAGUUCCUUAUCGCCCCAAUAAUAUUUACAGCGUUGGCAUUCUUCACCCGAUUAUGGCGUAUCGGUCUAUCGAACAUCGUGACGUGGGACGAGGCUCACUUUGGGAAGUUCGGCUCUCACUAUAUCAAACGCGAGUUUUACUUUGAUGUGCAUCCUCCUCUGGGUAAAAUGCUCGUUGGCUUGUCGGGAUACUUGGCUGGCUACAAUGGCUCCUUUGCAUUCAAAUCCGGUGAAAAAUACCCUGAAGAUGUUAACUAUGCAUUUAUGCGAGUAUUCAAUGCUUUCUUCGGCAUCGUAUGCAUACCGCUGGCCUACUUUACUGCCCGACAACUUAAUUUCCGCCGUACAACUGUCUGGCUCAUUACCCUAAUGGUACUUUUCGAAAACUCCUAUGCCACGAUUUCCCGAUUUAUCCUGCUAGACUCGAUGCUUCUUUGUUUUACCUUCACAACUGUUCUCUGCUGGUCCCGAUUCCAUAGGCUGCAGAACCAGAGCUUUUCUAUUGAAUGGUUUUCGUGGUUGAUUUUAACUGGCCUUAGCAUCGGGUGUGUCUGUAGCGUGAAGAUGGUUGGCUUGUUUUGUACCGCAUUGGUUGGACUCUACACUGCGGAGGAUCUAUGGAACAAGUUUGGCGAUCUAAAAAUGCCUAAGACUGUCCUCGCCCAACACUUUGUUGCCCGUGUCAUUGGCCUUAUAAUCAUUCCUUUGCUUGUCUACAUGUUUUCUUUCUACAUACAUUUCCUCGUGCUCGAGAACUCUGGCCCUGGUGACGCUCAAAUGAGCUCCCUCUUCCAGGCUAACCUUAGAGGCACUACCGUUGGAAAGGAUAGCCCAUUGGAAAUUGCUAUUGGAUCCAAAGUUACCAUCAAGAACAUGGGAUAUGGCGGCGGUCUUCUUCACUCUCAUGUCCAAACUUAUCCUUCAGGGUCCUCGCAACAGCAGGUCACCUGCUAUCACCACAAAGACACUAACAAUGAUUGGUUUAUUUAUCCAAACCGCACCCAACCCGAUUAUAAUGGCACGGGUGACCUGAGGUUCAUUGGCGAUGGCGAUGAGAUUCGUCUUAUUCACGCUCAGACUGGUCGCAAUCUGCAUUCGCAUGCUAUCGCUGCUCCAAUCACAAAGUCGCACUGGGAGGUCUCUUGCUAUGGCAAUACCACUGUUGGUGACGACAAGGAUCAUUGGGUCAUUGAAGUUGUCAAUGAUGUAGCUUCGAGGGAUAGAUCCAAAAUCCGAACGUUGACAACCGGGUUCCGUCUUCGACAUCCAGUUCUUGGCUGCUAUCUCCGUGCGGGUAACGUUAACUUACCGCAGUGGGGGUUUAAACAAAUCGAAACAACAUGUGUGAAGGAUAGCAAGCCAUAUGAUGUUCAUACUCACUGGAACGUUGAGUCUCAUAUCAACGAGAGGCUACCUAAGGGCGACCCAGGGGUCUAUAAGUCUCCUUUUUUGAAGGACUUCAUUCAUCUAAACGUUGCAAUGAUGACCUCCAACAACGCACUUGUUCCAGAUCCCGAUAAGCAGGAUGAUCUCGCCUCCCAGUGGUGGCAGUGGCCCAUCCUUAACGUCGGUCUUCGUAUGUGCUCCUGGGACGACAAUACUGUGAAGUAUUACCUCCUUGGAAACCCUCUGGUCUACUGGGGUAGCACAGCCAGUUUGGGAAUCUUCGGCAUGAUGAUCGCUUGGUAUCUCAUUCGCUGGCAGCGCGGUUACACGGAGCUCAGCCAAGCUGACAUAGAUCAUAUUCAUUACUCGGGUCUCUAUCCGCUUUUGGGCUGGGUGCUCCACUACCUGCCCUUCAUCAUCAUGGCUCGUGUCACCUAUGUGCACCACUACUACCCAGCAUUAUAUUUUGCUAUUCUAACAAUGGGAUUCUGCGUCAACUGGUUUACACAGAGGCUCAACAAGGCGACGGAAUGGGCGGUGUACUUUGUUUUGUACGCCGCUAUUAUUUCGCUGUUUAUUUUGUUCAAAGACAUCGUCUUUGGCAUGGAAGGAUCAAAUGAUAAAUGGCAAUAUCUGAACUGGCUCUCUACCUGGCGAGUUGCGACCCCCAAAUAG